AAAAAAGUCGGUUCCGGAAGUUCCGGUUUUGUGACUGUCUUUUGUUUUGAUAAUUAAUCCGACAAUUAACGGCAAUGAUGAAUUUUGGAUGUGACAAAAGUGAUAGUUCUGGACGAGAUGAUUGGAUGGAAAAAUUACGAGAAACCGGAACGCAUGUUACUCGAGCAGACAUGAAUAAACUUAUAAUGAACUAUCUUGUUACUGAAGGAUUCAAGGAAGCGGCGGAGAAGUUUAGAAUGGAAUCGGGUGUCCAGCCAUCAGUUGAUUUAGAUGAACUCGACGAUAGGAUAAAAAUACGACAGGCAAUACAUUCAGGAAAUAUACAAGAUGCUAUAUGUCUGGUUAAUCAACUCUACCCUGAAUUACUAGAUAAUGAUCGCUACCUUUAUUUCCGGUUACAGCAACAGAAAAUGAUAGAAUUAAUCCGUCAGAAAGAAGUGGAGGCAGCAUUAGAGUAUGCCCAAAUUCAUUUAUCAGAGAGAGUAGAAGAAAAUCCUGAAGUUUUGUCAGAGUUAGAAAGAACGUUGGCGUUAUUAGCUUUCGAAGAUCCGGAAUCCUCACCUUUCAGUGAACUGUUACAUCCCUCACACAGGCAAAAGGUUGCCAGUGAACUAAAUGCUGCCAUAUUAGAAGCAGAUGCUACUCCAAAACUUGCUAAUUUACUUAAACUUCUUCUUUGGUCUCAAGAUGAACUCGACAAAAAGAAAGAAAAAUAUCCUAAAAUGACAGACAUUUCAAAAGGGAGCAUAGAAGAUCAGAAAUAAUUCUUCGAGACAAUCUGAUUGAGAUAAAAUUUACCUGGCAUUGUUUUCCCACAUCAAAGAGUGAUCUCAUUACUAAUGGUGUUUAUCUUUAUAAUACAUAUUAAGAAUAUUUUUGAUUUCCAAGAAGCUAAUCAAGGACAAUCCAAAAUAAUGGUUGACAGACAAUCCUCUAAAAAAAUGUCUGAUGCAGGAGCGAGGUUUUUAAUAUUGUGUUUUUAUCAUCAUGGUGCUCGGAGUCUAAUUUUGACGUUGCGUUCACGUCUCUUCUUUGGGGCUGUUCGUUUGUCACUGGAAUCAACUCUUCAUGACCCAGAUCAUCUGUUCAUGACCAGAAUCAACUCCUCAUGACCCAGAUCAUCUGUUCAUGACCAGAAUCAACUGUUCAUGACCGGAUCAUCUGUUCAUGACCAGGAUCAUUUGUUCAUGACCAGGAUCAUCUGUUCAUGACCAGAAUCAACUCUUCAUGACCAUAAUCAACUCUUCAUGACCGGAUCAUCUGUUCAUGACCGGAUCAUCUGUUCAUGAUCAGAAUCACCAAUUCAUGACAGGAAUCAACUGGCUGGAAACCAGAGGGUUGUUCUAGAAAUAGUUAAACUUGGUUUGUCAAAGGAUCGGUGGGCUAAAUUUCAAGGUUCUACAUUUUUCUCUAUUUAUUCUUGCUGUUUAUAGGAAUUCACUUAAACCUAAUUACGAAUUUUUGUGUUACAUAUCUAAUCUGUUAUUGUAAGAUAAGUGGAUAACAUGCGAUAAGUUACUUUUUAUACGCCCACAUUGAAAUGUGGUCGUAUAUUGUCGUCGCCCCCGUCCGUCCGGCGUCCACAAUUGUUUGUGGACGCUCUAGAGGCUACAGUUAAUAUCCGAUUGACAUUAAAUUUAUACACAGUGUUAAAGGUCAUGAGACGAAGAAGCCUAUUGAUUUUCAGCCCUUGAUCUCUUCAAAAAAUCUUGUGGGUGCUCUAGAGGUCAAAGUUAAUAUUCGAUUGACUUUAAAUUUAUACACAGUGUUUAAGGUCAUGAGACGAAGAAGCCUAUUGAUUUUCAGCAAUUUCCGAUAAUUUUUGCCAGAGUUAUGGCCCUUGAUCACUUUGAAAAAUCUUGUGGACGCUCUAGAGGCUAAAGUUAAUAUCCGAUUUACUUUAAAUUUAUACACAGUGUUUAAGGUCAUGAGACGAAGAAGCCUAUUGAUUUUCAGCGAUUUCCAAUAAUUACUGCCAGAGUUAUGGCCCUUGAUCACUUCAAAAAAACUUGUGGAUGCUCUAGAGGCUAAAGUGAAUAUCAGAUUGACUUUAAAUUUAUACACAGUGUUUGAGGUCAUGAGAUAAAGAAUCCUAUUGAUUUUCAACGAUUUCCGAUAAUUACUGCCAAAGUUAUGGCCCUUGAUCACUUUAAAAAUUUCUUCAUGAGUUGUUACUCUUAAUCAGAUUUUAGUGUAUUAUAAAUGUUUCAUUACCAAAAAAAGUAAAAAUAUGCGACAACACAUGUUGACUGCCCGGACGAUUUAGCUGCUGUGGGCGUAUGUUUCAUUGCCUGGCAACCUAUCUUUAAGUAAUAGAGAGGAGAAUAUUAUUUAAAUGGCCCUAGAUUUUUUUUCAAAUUCAAAUUGCAAACAAACAGACUGUGUUGUUGACUUGUGAACGAUCUCUGUGAUGAUUGGAAUUCUGAUAUCCAAAUCACAUAUUCGAAUGACAUGUUGAAAGUUAAAACUAAAGGAAUUUGAUAUUUUUUGGCGCCUAUGAAAUAUUCAAAAUUAUUCAUUCAUUGAAAUCAACUAAUAUUCAACAUUAUUCGAAUAUUUUAGGUUAUUAUUUAAAUAUUCAACUGAAACUAUUUUUGGGGCUGUUUUUGGUGCCUUUCAAGAAACUAUAUAUCUGUGAAAUCAGCGUAUUUUCACUGUUUAUUGCUGGCCUAGCGCUUGCUCUGAAGAUCAUAAAGUCUGUCAUUGAGUCAAGUGGCAUGGUUUGGAUUCCUAGCUUGUACAUGACCAGGAGUAGGGUCAGGGUGGCCUGUUCAACCUUGUUACCUCUGCUGAAAAAACGAAUUUUUGAAAAAAAAUUGAUACGUUAGUCCCGAAAUGACAUAGUUUGUGUCAAAUGGACAUUAAACUCCAUUUCUCUCUCUUAUUUCUGAUUUCAUUGAAUUCAUAUUGCUAAAUAGUUCUUAAGUGAAGUCCUUGGGCGUUUGUAUAACAAUAAGCAACCCCAUGUAUUUAGGUAAAAAAUUACUGUUUAUUACUGAACGAGUUUAGAUUAGGCUUCCCUCGUCUUCAUCCAGCAAAUGAUACAAUUAUAACGAUUACAAUUUAUUACUAAGUAAUGUUUAAACGAGGAUAUAUUCUUUGAAUGCCAUUUAGUAAUUGGAACACAAUCAAAUAGCACACUAUUUAUGGAUAACAAUUACUAUGGUUUAUUUCACGAUGACAUUUCAACAAGAUUUCACAAGUCAUUAUUUGUGUUAUAUGCUUUAUAACGACUUGUGAAAUCUUGUUGAAACGUCGCAGUGAAAUAAACCAUAGUAAUUGUUAUCUGUAAAUAGUGUGUUAUUUGAUUUCAACUAGGUAUUUUACGUGUAUGAAACAGUCUGACUUUCUCUAGUAGAUAUUAAUUAUCUUCCAAAGAAUUGUGUCCUGUAUAUUGUUAUUAUAAGGCCAAAUCAUAAAAUACCUGUGUUUAACGGUUACUUGACGUCAAAAAAUAGGGUCACUUGGUCGUAAAAAAUCUCUUUCAUGGUUUUUGUUGGAGAAGAUUGGAUAGAGCUAAAUGAACUAAUAAAUUAAUAUUUUAUUAAGCUACAUCAAUAAUUGCUGUCUGAAGCCUUUCUGUAAAGUGUUUAUUAUUUCCUUCCUGGCAUUUCCAACUUAAUUACUGAGUAAAUUUGUGUAAAUUAUAGCCGAUUUCAACUUGUAAAUACCCAAAUUUCAGUGUCUGCAGAAAAGCAGGCCAAGACAGAUUUAUAGGAAUUGAGAAUUGAGGAAAAAAGUUUAAGUCGUUAAUUUGUGGUUUUAAAAAAAAAGUCGGUCGUGUGUAACCAUAAACACAGGUAAUUUGGGGUUUUUUUGGGCCGAAUAAAAUUGCAUUUUGUCUGUGUAAAAGUUUUAAAGUGUUUGUUUGUGUAAAAAUGGUGGAUAUUUGUGGGUGUGUUGAUAUUAUUCAUGGUUUAAACUAGAUUUUUGAUGUAAUGUUGUUACAUAGAGACUCUAAAAGAGACUGAUCUGGAGACUUAUUCGUGAAAACUUAAAUUAAAAUAUUUAUGUAUGCAGUCUUUUCAUUGGCCAAGAGCUAAUUUUUUGAAUAGUCUCGGAUUAUAGCCCUCAAUCACAUUCUACACACAUAUACUGAAUUCCAAAAGAAAGUAUACCCACUAAAAGUAUGACUAAGUUUGUUUAGAUUAAAACAUUUGAUAAAGCAUUACUGAGUUUGUCUCUUGCAUCCAAACUCAACAUUUCUAAGCAAAAUAAAAAUGUGAAACAAAUUGACAUUCUACCCUAAUACCGUAUACCAUGGAAAAACGACUUUGGUUGAUGCAGCACAAAAUGCACAGUGUAUACUUUCUUUUGGACAUUAGUAUAGAUCCAUCUACUUCAUACUUCAAGAAUAAAUCUCUGUCCUUUAUGGCUGCCAUAUCCAAAAAUUAGUAUAUUGUUUUAUAAUGCGGUUCUACUCUGUUUAACACCUGGCAUACACACAACGACUAAAUAAACCUAUUCAAUUCCAUUAAAUGGAAACAGAAUAAAUACUUAUCAAAAUUCUCGAAGUAUGCUUAGCGUUUUCGACUAAAAUCAUCGUCGAUUUAGGACUUAAAAUGUCUGUCAACUAGGUUAGUGUCUGUUCUCAAGUGGAGAUAACUGUAGACAGGCAGCCUAGUUUUAAUAUGCCCACAACCAAUGAAAAUGCUGCAUCAUUGAAAUAUUUUUUGUAGUUUUCUGACCCUAGUAGUUGUCAGAGUCUUGUAUAUACUCUUUAUUUGAACUGAAGAAAGUAAAACUUUAUUAAUAUAUUAAGGUCAGUUUCAUUGGAUCUUUAUUAGCCUGUAAUCUCUCAAUUCAUUAUUGAAAGUAGUUAUCUGAUUCAAUGACUUGACAAUUGGUUAGGUCUAUUUGAUAAGGCCAACUUCAUGUUUGGUCAAAGGUCAAAAGGUGUAAACAGGACUAGCGCUAAACCCAAUCCUAACCCUAACCCUGGACUUGGUCCCAAUGCUUACCAUAACCUACAAUCUCGUGCCCUAACCUUAUUUACAUCUCUGCGACCUUGACGAAAAUUGAGCUGGCCUUAAAAAAUAGAUUUAGCCCUUGAGAAUUGGCAACUGAAGUUAUUGUUGAACCACAUGUCAGCGUAUGAAAAUGUUGAAAUGGACUAUAAAUAGAUUUUGUUCAUUUAUUUACCGAGACAUAACGUCUGUUAAAUAUCAAAUUUUAUGAAAACAUUAUUUAAAUUACGUGUUUGUAAAUAUUGUCUAUAGCAAAUUUUAUAACUUAAUAAAUUUUCAAAUAUUU